UGUAAUUUUGUAGGGUGUGGCCACGAACUCUGUAUAAGAUGUGCACUCUACAUUUGUUCGACAAGUAAUAUCCCUUCUGAAUUGUUAGUUCCACCUGGUUCGAUUCCUUGUCCUUUUUGCCGACAUGGAAUUGUCGCAUUUGUGAAAUUGCCUGGUUCUUCAGCAAAGGAAAUUAACUUACCUCUAUCACUCAGCCUGUGCACGCCUUGUAUGCUUCACCAUCGAGAACAAGACAGAUCCGAGUCUGUAGGUUCACCUGAUGUAAGGAAGACUCGCUCAGAUUCUGUUUCUUCCGAUAUUUUCUGCCCAGUGACUUGUAGCCCGUUUCCUUCUGUAACAAUCCCAUUAUGCACCUGCAACGAUGGGCCUUGUCCAAAUUCUGAUUCCAGAGGAAGUGAAACUCAAGAAGCAUCCCCUCGUCGUUCACAGUCUACAUCAAAUGAACAGGAAAAAAUUGACGGAAUGAGACUGGAGAAAACUACAUGUACGAGUAUGUUUUGGGGUAGAAGAAGCUGCAGCAGGGAGCAUCAGUGUAAUGCUGAAAUAAACGCUCGAAUGGCUUAGGAAAAUAUUAUAUUCCUAUAUUUUUAUACAUGGGAUUAUGAACUCGACCGACUAUUCGAUGGUUUCAAGUUUCAGGCAUCUGAUUAUAGAAGCUGGAAUAGUUCACUUCUGUUUGCUGCUGCUGCUGCUGCU